UUUUUUCCCAAGAAGCCAAACAAUGGCUGCUGUGGACGGUAGUCAUGCCUUCAGAACGCCUGAGACAUCUCCUUCAGUUGAAGAUCAGGCUGAACCGUUCCUCGUCCGAAGAGAUACUACUAAUGACCACCCUUUGAAGAAUGUGGAUGAUGAUGAGUUAGAAACCAUAACUAAAUAUGCAAUGAUGCCAAAGGGUGUUGCUUUAGCAGCCUUUUCCCGCCCAAGCAUCGAUCCAAAGCUUAAUGAUGAUCCUAGGUUAGAGGCAAGGAAACGUGAAGAUUCUGCCCUUAGCCUGGAAAGUCUAGACCUUGAACUUCCACCACUUGAGGCCUAUAAAGUGGAAACAGUUACUUUUCCUAAAAGCCCUCAAGAGUUACGGCAAACUCUUGAGGCAUCAGGUGUUCCUCUACCUUUGGAAUACAGUUCUCCUAUGUCAGGUUCAGAAAUUUCAGUCUGCUAUGACAGAUCACCAGAUGAAGAAGAUAGAUCAAUGUAUCAAGCCUAUUUAUCUGCUGACUGCAACAAUGUGAAACUAAAGAAAGAUCCCCUGUAUCAAGGCACUGGGCCUUCCCCUGGCUCAAGCCUCAGUAGACGAAGAAAAAUUAAAGUUACAGCUGAUGUGCUCAGUUCAAUUGCAACAGACACAGAUACUGCAACAGAUACAACCUUAACAGAACAGAUGUAUACUGCCCGUGAUUCUUCUGGUUCACCUGGUGGAAGUGACACUGAACUUGAUGAUACCUUCAUGCCCGAAAUGGACUCUCCUGAUGAGUUGGAGGAUUCAAUUUUGGAAUGCCUUGACGAUGCUGAAGACAGGACGCCAGAAGCUAUACCAGAGCUCACUGCUGCUGAGGAACGUAGUGAAGCAAGGCAUUGGAGGACAGUGACUGUAGCAGGCGAAGAGCGGCGCAUUGAUAUGAAAGUUAUCGAACCAUAUAAGAGGGUUCUUUCUCAUGGUGGCUAUUUAUCUGCAGGAUGUCACAAUGCCAUAAUUGUGUUCAGUGCAUGUUUCCUACCAGAUAGAAGCCGAGUGGAUUAUGAUUAUGUCAUGGAUAAUUUAUUUCUGUAUGUUCUUACUACGCUAGAUCAACUGAUAACAGAAGAUUAUGUUUUAAUUUUCCUUCAUGGUGCCACUCGACGAAGUGUGAUUCCAACAUUUUCAUGGAUAAAAAGAUGCUACCAACUUAUUGACAGAAGGCUUCGGAAAACACUUCAAGGACUGUACAUUGUACAUCCCACAUUUUGGCUCAAAACACUUGUGGUGAUGACUAGACCCUUCAUAAGUUCAAAGUUUAGCAGAAAACUAAGGUUUGUAAACUCACUUGAAGAACUUUAUGACCUUCUGCCAUUAGAACAUGCUAGUAUCCCUGAUAAAGUGAAAAAGUAUGAUGAAAUCAAACGAUCUAUGAGGCCAGUGUAGGUAAAUGUUAAAUUUGUCUUUUCCUCCAGAAGACCAGGCUUUGACAGAUUAUUUACCGUUUUCCCCUCUACGGGGAAAAUAUACAGAAAGCUAUAGCCAACAGGUUACCCCCUGAUGUAGAUGAUCUUGAAUAAUUGUGAUAAAUGUAGCUUAAAGUUCAUUCAAAUUUGUUAUGCCUAUGUAGUGGAAAUUGAAAUUGAUUUUCUCUUUGAGACUAAUUAUUCUAGUCAUGUCAACAUCCAUUCCAUUUAAAAGACAAACCUCCAACUAACUCAUUCAUUUGAAAAUAAAAGCUGUCUUUCUCAUACACUGCGACCCAAACCUGUUCAGUAGACAGAUCAAAAAGACAAUGCUAAGACUGUUAAUUUAUCUGAUUUAGGCACUGUGCGUUAUGGGCCUGCCUGUAAUUUAGUAUGUGUCGUGCAUUCUGUUUUAGUUUUCUUCUUUUAGUUUGUAUGUUAGUCUUUGAGAAAUGUUGGAUAUUUUUAUUGAAGCUGUACUUUAUUUGCGAUUGGUAUCUUGAAAUGUUUUCAGAGGAUAGGUUCCCAGUGUGAUUCUAUUGGUUGUGCUUCUUUGCUAAUUUAAUUCUUGAACCUAUUCCCAUUACAUUGUACUGUUUGUUUUUUAGUGGUUCAUCAGUGAAAUAGGAAUCAAAAACUGGAAACAGCCUGUGGGCUGUUAGUUGUUCAAGCUGCUCAGCCAUAGUAAUAGGAUAUGAUGCACCAAAGUACAAAUAAAAUUCUAAUGUGUACUUAAAUAUACUA